AUGGACUCCUCUGGAUUCACAAACAUGAAUAACUUGAGUAGUGUAACCACAGAGUCAUCGAUCUUAAGAAUAUCUUCAGUUGUUCCUGUAAAUGUAUCCAACCAGGAGACCAGAAUACUAAGUACUCUUGAAAGUACUACCCUCAACCCCAUCUCUGAGAACAGCAAUGGGACCAUAGCAGCCAUCUCAGAGUCUACGGUCAACUUCACAUCUACCUCUGGGAUCACCCCAGUUCCUGAAGCCAUGACCUCUUCUGUCCAGACACAGACCUCUGUAGUCAUCACAGUGUCUUCCACCACAAUCAACUUUUCAACUUCAGAGAUGACCUUGACACCCAACAUGUCACCUGGAAAUGUUUCACAUCCCCCACACAAUAGCACCAGCCCUGUGACAUCUCUCACUAUACCCUAUACAUCAUCUUCAUCUACCCCGAGUACCAUCAAGGGAGAAAUCAAAUGUUCCAGGGUCAAAGAAGUGAAAUUGACCCUAAGUAUUUGCCUGGAGCUAAAUGAGACCUCCAGCUGUGAGGACUUUAAGAAGGCCAAUGGAGAGGAACUGACCCAAAUCCUGUGUGGGAAGGAUCAGGCCGAGGCUGGGGCCGGGGUGUGUUCCUUGCUCCUUGCCCACUCCGAGGUGAGGCCUCAGUGCCUGCUAUUGGUCUUGGCCAAUAAAACCGAACUUCCCAGGAAGCUCCAGCUUCUGAAAGAUCAUCAGUCUGACCUGAGAAAGCUGGGGAUCCAAAACUUCACUGAACAAGAUGUUGGGAGCCACCAGAGCUAUUCCCGCAAGACCCUGAUUGCACUGGUCACCUCGGGGAUCCUGCUGGCUGUCUUGGGCACCAUUGGCUAUUUCCUGAUGAACCGUCGCAGUUGGAGCCCCACAGGAGAAAGGCUGGGCGAAGACCCUUAUUACACGGAGAACGGUGGAAGCCAGGGCUAUAGCUCAGGCCCUGGGGCCUCCCCUGAAGCUCAGGGAAAGGCCAGUGUGAACCGAGGGGCUCAGGAGAACGGGACCGGCCAGGCCACAUCCAGAAAUGGCCAUUCAGCGAGACAACACGUGGUGGCUGAUACCGAACUGUGA